AUAAGUAAUCUGGAGCUGUUUCUCAGGACAGAGGGGGCUCUGAUAGUUGGGAAGUGAAAAUAUAACACAACAAAGCUUGAAAUCGUCGCCCAUUAAAACUGUGAUUUAUAACAUUUUUAUUAUUUUUACACUUUUUCGCAUCGAAGAUGACCACCGCUGUGGUAUCGCCUUUCUUUGACUUCAGCGAAGUAUUAAACAAGAACAACAAGAUGAUGAACUACAACAACAACAUCCUCACUGCCCCCCAUCCCUCUUCUGUUCCCUGCACUGGUCCCAGUCCCCCCAUCAGCACCCCCAGUGGGCCCCUGCUGGACAGGAAGGCAGUGGGGACCCCUUCUUCCUCGGUGGGUGUGUACCAGCGGCGACACUCAGUCACUCUGCCCAACUCCAAGUUCAACCAGAACCAGUUCAUCAACAACAGCCUCAAGGUGGAGCCGUCAUCCACCGGGGGCAGCAGUAACAAAGAGAACCGCUUCCGGGACCGGUCCUACUCGGAGACCGGGGACCGGCUGCUGCCGAAGUCGGCCGGGGGCAACGGCAGCGGGCAGGUCAACUCCAGCCGCUACAAGACGGAGUUGUGCCGGCCCUUCGAGGAGAACGGGGUGUGCAAGUACGGCGACAAGUGCCAGUUUGCUCACGGCAUCCACGAGCUGCGCAGCCUGAGCCGCCACCCCAAGUACAAGACGGAACUGUGCCGCACCUUCCACACCAUCGGGUUCUGCCCCUACGGCCCGCGCUGCCACUUCAUCCACAACGCGGAGGAGCGCCGGGGGCCGCCCCCUCUGUCGGCCUCCAACAAGCUGGACAGGCCCCGGCUCCAGCACAGCUUCAGUUUUGCCGGGUUCCCCAGCAACAAUGGGCUGCAGGACAGCCCCACCUCCGUCACGCCUCCGCCCAUCUUCCACGCAGACGACCUCCAGGACUGGCCCAGCAACCCCUUCACCUACUCCAGCCAGGAGCUAGCCAGCCUCUUCGGGCCCAGCCUGGGCUCCCAGGCCGACCCGUCGGCCCCAGCGCCCCCCUCGCCCACGACCUUCUUCUUCAGGGCGAUGUCCGAGUCGCCCCAGUUGUUUGAGUCACCCCCCAGCCCCCAAGACUCCCUCUCUGACCAGGAGGGAUACCAGAGCAGCUCAGGGAGCUUAAGCGGGUCGGAGUCUCCGGUCCUGGACACCACCCGUCGCCUCCCCAUCUUCAGCAGACUCUCAAUCUCAGACGACUAAGCGAAAUCUGAAAGCCGAGACAAGUGGCACUCCCCCCUCUGCUGCCCCCCACCUCCCCUUGCCCCCUCUCUCGUCCAGUUUGUGAAUUGAGAAACGAAUGCUUCUCUUGGGACAGUUUUGGGGUUUUUGGAAAAGAACGUCAAGCUGAGGAGUCCACUUGCACGUGUUUCUCUCUCGAAUGGUGACUGAGAGUGCCGCACUAUUCCCAAGGCUUUGUGUUCCUGAGGAGGUGAGAGCCAAUGACGAUGUUCAAUCAGUGACAACCCCUUUCUGAAAUCCAACACAAAUGGCGUUUGAUUCCAGACCUUAUAUUAGCUGGACACUCUUUGAAUUAAGGGAAAUUCAAUUCCUAUGGACAACAAAAGCAAAUUGUUAAUCCCCUUUUACCUCCUCUACAGUGUAAUAGUGCCAAAAAAAGCUCUGCCAGAUGAAUUUUAAGAGCCAGCAGUUUACAAAGUGCCUUUUUUUUACUUUUCGGACUGUGAUUCACACUAGGAACCAUCUGCCUUUUCUUUUCCUCCUGACAUGUGUAGCAAUGCAGAUGGAGCCUUUGUGCAAGUAGCCUCACGCCCUCUACUGGCUAUUUUCUGCCAUCCAUUACCACUGUUUUCUUACAGCUCCGUGGGCCAGUGGGAGGGUGUUAAAAAAAAUAAAUGGUGGCCCCCUCUUUAAAAAAAAAAACGAACAAAUGAAAAAUCCUGAGGGGGUGGGGGGACACUUCUGUACAAGCUUGGGCAAGUGGACUAGUUUUGCUUUUGUUUUGUUUUUUUUUUAAAGAAAACAUUCAGCACCGUCUUACAAAAGUGUUGGGUGAGGGGAGGUAGCAGGAAGGACUUGAGACUAAGCAACAGGAUUUGUUGGGAGUCAGCCAGGAAGAGAAGUUUGUAUUUGGUGCUAUAGGCUCAGUUCCCCUCUUCUGUCACCACAACAGCCCCAAGAACAUCAGGAGGAACUCUUAAAAGCUUUUAGCAGUUUCCUACAUUGCUGGUCAUUAAUUUGGUGGGACUAGAAGACGUUUCUUUACAAGCUCUGGUUAUCUUAAGUUCUGACUAUUCUCUUUGACCACUUCCCCUUCCAUUUCCUCGGGUUGAUUUUUGUUCUAAGCCUGUGGGCCUGUUUCGCAUUCCAGAACUGGAUCCAGAAGUCCCACUCUUAGGAAUAAGAUAGCUUUAUGGAUUUGCUCUAACUUAGGUUACAGUUUGUAGAGCACUUUUUUUCCCACCUUUUACUCUUAGCCUUCUGUUUUUUUUAUUAUUAUUAUUAUUAUUGUUUUGUUUGGAAAAAACUUUCAAGUGGGAGUUUUUGCUUGUCACUGCUUAUUUAACUUAUCAAAAAACGUAUUUAUUGCCGAUCAUAUGCAUUUUUUUGUUAAUUUUUGUUUAUAUUUAUCGGGAUAAUGAAACAAUAGAAUAUAUUUUCUUUUAUGUUAAAUUAUGAUCUUCCGUAUUAAUCUAAAGAUUGUGAAGACUUUUUUGUUUCCUUUUUUCACAGUUUAAUAUAUUAUACUACAAUGUCUUUUUUUUGUAACUACACUUUGUUUAUUU